AUGACAGAGUCGUGGUCGGCAAACAGCACCACAUCGACGGCGAUACGCCUGAUAGGGUCUCCGUACGGCACCGACUCGGCGUUCCACCCGACGUUCACCUAUCCGAUCUACGGCGAGGCCGAGACGAUCUACGGAUACAAAGGACUUUGCAUCAACCUCAACGUUGCAUCGGGCAGCCUGGUACCGUUGAUCGACGUGAGCUAUCGCGCAAAGAACGAAUCCACCACCGCAAAACUCGACGACGUCGAAGGCAAGAUCAAGGAGUUUCUGCCACCAGAUCACCUGUCCACCUCUUCGUCUAGUGCAAAGGAGCAUUUUGCGGCAGCCGUCGAGGCGGACAAGGCCUUCAAGCCCUUUGGCGAAAAGGUGCACAGCUAUACACGCCGGAAAGUCAACAAGGGGAAAGGCAAGAACAGUGCAUCGCUCGCCUCGACAUCGACGCUGUCGGAGGACGACCCGGACGCGAGGGUGUUUGAGAUCUACCGCUCCACCUGGUCCACUCCUGGAUUCCGAGAGUACCACCGACGCAUGCAGCUCUUCGUUCUACUGUUCAUCGAAGGAGCCUCCUAUAUCUCGGAGGACGAAAGCAACUGGGAGUUCUUCACGCUCUACGAACGAUCCGCUUCGGGAUACCACUUUAUGGGCUAUACAUCCCUGUACAAAUUCUGGUGUUGGCCGGAUUCAUCACGAAUAAGACUAAGCCAGUUCGUUAUCCUCCCACCGUUCCAAAAGCAGGGUCAUGGUGCAGCGCUCUACACCACCGUGUACGACGCGAUUCGACAGAGACCCAAUGUUCGGGAAUUGACGGUGGAAGAUCCGAGCGAAGAUUUCGAUCGUCUACGGGACGGGAACGAUCUUCGCAGACUUCUCGCCCCCGGUGGGUUUGUGGAAAUCGCCAAAGCGGAAGGAAAACUCAACGCGCCCGUCGACAAGGGCUGGAUCGAGGCGAAACGGCUAGAGCACAAGCUGGCGCCGAGACAGUGGUCGCGAGUGCUCGAGAUGGUCCAGCUGAUGAACCUGGAUCUGGACGAUGCGCAGCAGGUCAAGCAGUACCGAUUGCAGGUGAAAGCGAGGAUCUAUCGCCAGAACAAGGACAUUCUGAUCCAGCUCGAGAAGGCGCAGCAGAGGAGCAAAUUGCAGGAGACGUUCGAGGGUGUCGUGGAGGAGUACGGCGAUAUGGUCGGGGUGGAUGUGGAGGAUCUGCUGGGUGGUGGCGGUGUUGGGGGGCUGUACGGGCUGGAUGAGGAGGAUGAGGAUGAGGAGGACGGGGGGCAUUAUGCGAAUGGAAAUGGUCCGCCGAGGAAGAUGGCUCGCUUUGGCAGCAGCAGCAGCAGGAGCACAAAAGUUGUCCAAGGUCAGAGCGACACCUUCCUUCCUAAUCUGUUCUUCGCCAAAAGAGCCACCUCCUACAAACAUCUUCCUCCUUACCAUCGACGACCCUUCAUCAAGAUGCCCGCUAGCAACGGUCUUCAGAUCCCCCAGGACGUGGCGGUCCUCUCGCCUUCCCAGGCGCUCGAGCACCUCAAGACCUACGCCAACGGCGACGGCUUGAGCAUGGCCGAGCUCAUCGACUCUCGUCAGCACGGCGGUCUCACCUACAACGACUUCCUCGUGCUCCCGGGCUUCAUCAACUUCAACGCCUCGGACGUCAGCCUUCGCACCAAGGUCACCAAGAACGUCACCUUGAACACGCCCUUCCUCUCUUCGCCCAUGGACACGGUCACCGAGACCGAGAUGGCCAUCGCCAUGGGGCUUAUGGGCGGCAUGGGUGUCAUUCACAACAACAUGAGCCCUCAGGAGCAGGCUAGCGUUGUGCGCAAGGUCAAGAAGUACGAGAACGGGUUCAUCACUGAGCCCCUCUGCCUGGACCCCAAGGCUACCGUGGGUGACGUUCUCGAUGUCAAGGAGCGUCUUGGUUUCGGUGGUAUCCCCAUCACUGACACUGGUGCUAUGCACGGCAAGCUGCUAGGUAUCGUCACCGCCCGUGACGUCCAGUUCCGCGACACGAGCCUCCCGCUCUCCGAGGUCAUGACCACCGACCUCGUCACCGCCAAGCAGGGCGUCACUCUCGAGCAGGCCAACACCAUCCUCCGCGACAGCAAGAAGGGCAAGCUGCCCAUCGUCGACGCCGAGGGUCGCCUCGUCGCCUUGCUCGCUCGUUCCGACUUGCUCAAGAACCAGAACUACCCUCUCGCAUCCAAGCAACCCGACAGCAAGCAGCUCUACUGCGCCGCUGCCAUCGGAACGCGUCCUUCGGAUCGCGAGCGUCUCGGUCUGCUCGUCGAGGCUGGUUUGGAUGUGGUCAUCCUCGACUCGUCCCAGGGCAACUCGGUGUACCAGAUCGAGAUGAUCCAGUGGAUCAAGCAGACCUACCCUCAGGUCGAUGUUGUCGCAGGUAACGUCGUUACCCGCGAGCAGGCUGCCAGCCUGAUCGCCGCCGGUGCCGACGCCCUGCGUGUCGGCAUGGGUUCCGGUUCGAUCUGCAUCACUCAAGAAGUCAUGGCCGUCGGUCGACCUCAAGGUACUGCCGUGCACGCCGUCGCCGAGUUCGCCUCCAAGUUCGGUGUUCCCGUCAUCGCCGACGGAGGUAUCUCCAACGUGGGCCACAUCGCCAAGGCGCUCGCUCUCGGUGCCUCUGCCGUCAUGAUGGGCGGACUGCUCGCCGGAACCACCGAAUCGCCCGGCGACUACUUCUACCGCGACGGAAAGCGUCUCAAAGGCUACCGCGGUAUGGGCUCCAUCGAAGCCAUGGAGCACCAGAAGAAGGGCAAGAUCGCCGGCGCUACGGGCAAGGGCGCUGCCAAAGCCGACAAGGUCGCCUCGGACGAAAACGCCGCUACGCAGCGCUACUUUUCCGAGAGCGACGCCGUCAAGGUCGCCCAGGGCGUCGCCGGUGCGGUGCAGGACAAGGGAUCGGUCAAGAAGUUCCUGCCGUACCUGUACACGGGUCUGCAGCACUCGUUGCAGGAUAUGGGCGUGCCGCACCUGUACGAGCUGCGCACCGCGGUGGGCAGCGGUCAGGUCAGGUUCGAGUUGAGGACCGCCAGCGCUCAGGUGGAAGGUGGAGUGCAUGGUCUCCACUCUUACGAGAAGAGGUUGUUCUCGUCGUAG